GAAUUACGUCGUCGUGGGACAGUGAGUGAGGAGAGGAGAGAUGGUCUGCUCAUGGCAUUCAGCCUUGCAGCUGUCGGAGUGUCGCAGAGAAGGACAACACUGAGUAUUCAACGCUGAGGGCUUGACGAGAAAUAACUACACGGGUAUAAAUUAGUCUACCAGCCUUUUUUGGAUAUAGGCUACUUGAUUCUGAACCUGUGGCCAAACCCACCGAAAAAAGGUGAGAACAUCUGCAGCGUGAACAGAGGGAUGAUGGGUUGGCUCUGUGACGCCACUAUCGCUCAAUCUGGGGAUCAACUGGGCGACGCCUCCGCACCGUCACCCCGAUUUUAGAUGGCUCACACAUUUGGGGUGCACUCGAAAAACAGGUGUCAGGGAAGUGUCGUCACGAACCCCGGAAGCCGGAGGUGGGAGCUUCAGAGAGCAAGAUGGCAGCGAAAUCCGAUGGUCGCGGGGUCGUCACCGGUUUCGCCCAGCUGCACAACCUGGAUGAGGUGGUGGGGACCGGCGAGUGCGACCCGCGAGGAGGCAGCUCCUUCCACAUCUGCCACUGCUGCAACACUUCAUCGUGCUACUGGGGCUGCCGGAGCGCCUGUCUGCAUUACCUCAAGGGAAAGGGGAAGGAGAGAGAUGCGGCGCGACCGCCGCAGGAGGAGCGCCUAUGGUUGGACUGCUUGUGGAUUGUCCUGGCCCUGUUGGUCUUUUUUUGGGACGUGGGGACUGACUUGUGGCUGGCCAUCGAUUACUACCAUAAGCAGGACUACCUCUGGUCCGGACUGACCCUGUUCUUCGUGCUUGUCCCCUCGGUUCUGGUCCAGAUCCUUAGCUUCAGGUGGUUCGUGCAGGAUUACACCGGGGGUGGACUGGGCUCCGUAGAGGGAUUGAGUAGCCGGAGAGCCACGGCUAUCUUCGGAAACCAGAGAGACAGAUGCUGUCUCCUCUCCGUUUGGGUCUGGCAGACGGUCAUCCACAUCUUUCAGAUGGGGCAAGUUUGGAGGUACAUCCGCACCAUGUAUCUGGGCAUUCAGAGCCAUCGUCAGAAGGAGAACCAGCGUCGAUUCUACUGGGCCAUGAUGUACGAGUAUGCAGACGUCAACAUGCUGCGCCUGCUGGAGGCCUUCCUGGAGAGCGCGCCCCAGCUGGUGCUGCAGCUCUGCAUCAUGAUUCAGAGGAACAGGACUGAGAGGCUGCAAUGUGUGUCUGCCGUAUCCUCUCUCCUGUCCCUGGCCUGGGUGUUGGCUUCUUACCACAAGCUGCUACGAGACUCACGUGACGACAAGAAGAGUAUGAGCUACCGUGGUGCCCUAGUGCAUCUAUUCUGGCGCCUGUUCACCAUCUCCUCACGGGUGCUCUCCUUUGCCCUCUUCGCUUCCGUGUUCCACCUCUACUUUGGCAUCUUUGUGGUGCUGCACUGGUGUGCCAUGGCCUUCUGGGUGAUCCACGGCGGCACCGACUUCUGCAUGUCCAAGUGGGAGGAGGUGCUGUUCAACAUGGUGGUGGGCGUGGUCUAUGUCUUCUGUUGGUUUAACGUGCGCGAGGGCCGGACGCGCUACCGCAUGGUGGCCUACUACACGGUGGUGCUGCUGGAGAACGCCUUGCUGAGCGUCCUUUGGUAUGCCUACCGCGACCCGGCCACCACCGACGCCUACGCCUCCUCUGCGCUCUGCGGGGUCUUCCUGUGCUUUGCCUCUGGCGUGGCCUGCAUGGUCCUCUACUACGGGGUUCUGCACCCUAUGGGGCCCCGGCUGAGGGUGCUAGCCAGCUCCUGCUGUGCCGAGCUGCUGUGGGGCCUUCCUCUACCCCCAGAGGCUGAGCCCAUGGCCCCCACGCCCGGGCCCCGGGGGUCCCAGGCCACCCCUACUAGGGGCUUUGCUGGGGACUACAUAGAAUCGGACGAUGCAGCCACAGACACGUGUCUGCCCGUGUUCCAGGUGAGGUCUACGGAGCCAGUGGAUGCGACUGGCCGGCCUAUCCGGCCAGAGGGGCCGCUCAUCAAGAUAGACAUGCCCAGGAAGCGCUACCCGGCCUGGGACGCUCACUUUGUGGAUCGCCGCCUCCGCAGGACCAUAAACGUGCUGCAGUACAUCAGCCCCAACGCGGUGGGGAUCAGGUAUAGAGACGGGCCCCUCCUCUACGAACUCCUGCAGUACGAGUCCUCCCUUUGAAGGCAUUCUGUCUCCCUCACUCUAUCACACACACACGCUCAUCCUCACUCUCUCUAUACCAUUCUGUUCUUCCUCUCUCUGGAUUCAAACUCCUCCAUUUGGUGCUUUUCUCUCACUCUUGAUCAUUAACUUUUUCAUCCCGGAAGUGUGUAUGAGUGUAUAUGUGUGUAUGUGAGUGUGAUCACGUUUGUGUGUGUUGUCAACCGAGAAUCUGUCAAUACAAUAUAUAUAGACAUAUGAUCAUAGUUUAUUUUGGAAAAAACAUAAAGAGAAAAAUACAUUCUAACCUAUGUGACAUAGAUUUUCAAAACAGGAUUUAACCUCCCCUGGUUCAUUGGGGAGCUCUAUGUGUGAAUGUGUAUAUACUGUAUGAGUGUGUCAAUAAGAUGAGUGUUUAACGCAUUUACUGUAUUGGUGACUCUACCUGUGUAUUUUUGUGAAGGGCAUGUGUGUCCCAGUGACAUGGGACUGGUGCAAAGCCUGAUGGGAAUGAUGGAGGACUCCCAGUGAUGGAUGGAUGGUCUUUGCACCCCAACACUAUUUAACAUUCUAAAACCAUGAAAUCUACUGACCCAACAUAUUGAAGAAACAUUGACAUAUCAUUCAACCAGGCUAUGGUGAAUCACAGAAUAGGACAUCUAAGAUUCUUCCGAUUUCAUGUACGAAAAGCACAUUUCCAGUCCUGAAAGAAGUUAUCCUCUGCAUUUCAUGUGACAUAUUUUCCUCUCCAGACAGAGGUUGUUGCCUAAGCACAUACAGGUACAAGCUGUUUCUUAAAAAAUCCUAAACUUAUGAAGUAACCUAAAAUAACUGAUUCAGAGUCCACGCAUUCUCAAAAUCUGUGACAAUGAGCACCCCCCGCUGAUAGUAACCUCUCACAGCAUGUCAAAUAUGGCAAUUUCCACACCUGGCAGUGUGCUACUGUGACAUUUGAUGAGACAAUAUGAAUAUGUAAUGAUAGACACUAAACAUAACUAUGAAAUAAAAAAAAAACAGUUUAUUGUACUUAUUAAUUAUAGCCUUUGCAUGGGGUUGAAGAAAGAGCACAAUAUUUAGGGAUGUGUUGACACGUGUAGCACAAGGGGUUGUCAGUGGAAGUGUUUAAACAAAUAGACAAGUUAAAACAUUCCAAAGAACACUCAUUUAUAAAUGCUGAAACAUUCUGUACAAGAAACAGGGCUGAACAUGAAGGUACAAGAAAAAAAAAAAUCAGCAUAUAUAUGAUGUGAAUGUUCAACAAAAAAACAAUCAAACUAAAAUCUUGCACAGAAACAGUGUGUGGUGCAAAGACUGCCUUUCAAAAACUCCUCUACCAUUCCCCACUGCAGCCUACUCCGUUCUGUGUACAAGCCCUCAUCCCCUCUGGGUUACUAUGGCUCACAUUUACUUUCACUGAGGUUCUAGGUUGAGUGAUAAGCUUGGUGGGUGUAAACACUUGGCAGGGGUUCUCAAGGACUCCUGACAAGCGUGUGUUGAUAUUUAUAUUGUAUUGUAUUAUACUAAUGAGUGUUUUUAUUUUUAGUGCCCUUUUUUCUUUUAUACACAUUGAAAUAUUUAAUGAUGAUAUUUGGAGUAUACCUGAAAUUUUGCUCAUGUUGAAAGUGUUCAAAGGUAUUCUCAACCCGGUGUGUCCCAGAAGAGACUACACUUUACUAGGGUGAACAGGGCGACUGUUUCAGGCCAGUGCUGGGGCUGGUCAUAACCAAGCCAAAUUGCAUGUUCUACUGUACAAUCUCUCCGAGCUCCCUUCCACUAACCACAACUAGCUGAGUGUGCUAUGACUACCAUACAGAUCUCUAUCUUCCUCCACUAUAUGGGGGAUACAUUACCACGAUUGUUCACAGAGGGUGAUUCCAUGUUUGCCCUUAAAGGAAGGAGAAUUAAAAAAAAUGCCUUCUAUGUCAUAGGAGCUUGACACAAUUUUCAACAGAGGGCUACUGCACAACUAAUGAGAUAAAAAGUGAAUGCAUUUCAUCGUCCAGUUUAUCCAUUUACUUGAUGAAUCAUCUGGGUAAAAUGUGUGUGAUUUUUUUACAUUGUAGUGUAUAGCAUGCAUUUAGUAUGAAGCAUUAGAACAAAGACACCAACCAGGGAUACCCAAGAGCCCUGCAUAACAUUGAGUCUUUCUGCGUUCUGGCCCCCUUGACCUUCGCUGUGCUUUGGCCCACUGCGCCUGCUAAGAUCGUAAUGUAACAAGCGCAAGUCACAGGGGCCAAGACCAUUUGGGAUGAAAGGGUCCUUGCCAGGCUUGGAAAAGAACAUGAGGACAGACUCUGUGACUAGGAAGGGUGUACGUUGUAUGUAUGUGUGUGUGUGUGUACAUUUGAGAGGGUGACUUUGGCAGGUUAGUGUGCAGUGAACACCUGUGUAUGUGUGUGUUUGUGUGUGUGUGUGUGUUUGAAUGCGUUCAUGCCUGUAUGUGUGUCCCUAGCCUGCUCACACAGUUCUGUCUUCUUGCCGAAGGUUCGGCUCCGUCCCUGGUUGCUGCUCUGCCCUUUCAUCCCCUCCUCUCUGCAGGGCUCAGGUGUAUUCCCAUGCAAACAUCCACUUCCUGGUCUCCAAAACCUCCAAACUAAAGGAGUUAGGGCUGAACAACCGGAGACCCUGGUAGGAGACCAUCCAACGAGGUGCACUGCCAUUAACUAAGAGCUUAAACAUCCGGGGUCUGCCACCCUUUCAGCUCAGCGAUGUUCAGCCCUGACUAAUUGAGAACUGUUGGGUCAGCUAGAGUGGGGGAAGUCACCCAUCUGCAUGAAAUUCCUGUCAGUAUGCAACAUCUUCAUUGUUUACCAUACUGUAGUCACACAAAAAAAUAUAUAUUACUGUUAUAUAGUUUAUGAACAGCCACAAUUGUAGAUCUAAUAUAGAGAUAACAUAAGCAAAACAACUAACAACACAGGGGUUCCUCAGGACCAAGGAUCCAAACCACAGAACCAGCUGACUCAGGGGUCUCUCAAUGCAGUCACUUUCCCCAGGCAUGUCUUCUUCAAGGGUGUCCAUUUUGUCCUUUAAAACAUUGCAUUCUUAAACACUGUUGUAAGAAUUU